UGUUGAUAUAUAUAUUUUGUAAUAGUUUUUUAAAGUCAAAGUAAACGCAUAAAAUCAAAAAUAAUUUUUACCUCUAACUUUAUAUUAACUGGGACAGAAUUUUUAUGUAUUUUAAAUUUAUGUGUAAUAAAAUUAUUGCGAUAAGUCUGACAGCUCGUCGCUGGAGAGUGGAAAUUUUCUGUAUAUUCGGACAUUCAAUGCUCCUUCUCCUUCAAAGAGUAAACUACACACGCAUGCGUCAUACAUCUACAUGAAUGAAUUCUGUGUAUAUAUAUAUAUACAGGGUAUACAAAUGUGUGGUAUUCGAUAGAAGACAGCAUCUCUCGUAGUGGGAAUUAAGAUUGAGGGGAAAUCCAAACCUCCAGACCUAAUGGAAUUCGGCUUUAACUUAUGAUGUUAUGAAGUCAAAAGUCGAAAUAUGUUUUCUCAGUCGAUAGUUAUACAGUAAUUAAUAUUAUAUCAGUGUAUAUUGUUAUGAUACUAAACUAUUGAUAAAUAAAUGUACGUAAAUAAUUCUAAAAAAAUAAAUUUCAUAAAAAGAUUAAGUUUCAAGUAUUUGUUGUUUGACAAAAUGGAAAUUUUAGGUUAUUCCCAUUCCCAAAAGCAUCAAGUAAUUUAUAAAUGGAAAAUUGAUGAAAUAAUUCCAUUUAUUGAGUCUAUUGUAAGCAGUAAUAAAGAGAAAGUGAAGCUCGACUCAUCUACCUUUACGACAAAUGGCAAAAAUGAAAUUUCAUGGCAUUUACAGCUGCAACUAAUGAGAGAAAAGGGUUGGAUAUCACUAUUCGUGAUACGAAAUAAUGGGGAAGAUGAAGUAAGAAUUAAGUUUUCACUAUUUAUGUUAGACAGUAAAAAUGAACGAAAAUUUAUUGUAACUUUCUGCCAAAAUAAUGAUUUUAAAAAUGGACGAGGAUGGGUAAAGUUUCUUGAAAUCAAACAGUUAUUGGAAAAUAAAGAUGAUUUUUUACCGAAUGAAACUCUUACUGUAUGUGUUGAACUAACUGUUUAUGAUGAUUAUGAAUCACAUACUACUGAAUAUCCAUUGCAAACACCACAGCGUCAAAUGACUGAUGAUUUUAAAGAACUCUAUAAUAAUCAGAUAAACUGUGACGUUACUUUCGUUGUGGGUAAUGAAAAAUUCAAAGCUCACAAGAUCAUACUGUCAGCUCGCAGCCCUGUAUUUUCCGCAAUGUUCACACAUAAAAUGAAGGAAAAUAGAGACAACGAAGUUGCAAUACCUGACAUAGAACCUGAAAUUUUCAAUAAACUGUUGGAGUUUAUUUAUACCGAUGACAUAAAGAAUUUAGAUAUGGAUGCUGCGAGUUUAUUUGAAGCUGCAGAUAAAUAUCAACUGUUGAAACUAAAAAGUUUAUGCGAAGUAUCAUUGUCUAAGUCGGCCAGUAUUGAUAAUGCAAUUAAACUGAUGAUUUUAGCAGAUCUGCAUAAUGCUAAUCAAUUGUUAGAAUAUGUGCUUGUAUUCAUAAUAAAGAAUAUCGGAAAUGUCAUUGAAACUUCAGAGUACAAAGCAUUAGAAGAAACUAAACCAGUCCUAUUUUCAAAAUUAAUGAAAAGAUUAGUAACUUCAAUAAAGAUUAAUGAUUCAACAGAUGAAAAAUAAUUGGGAUAUUGUCCACAAAGUAUUCAAUUAAUUAGAGAACGGUAUUUGAGCAGAAUGUUUACCUAAAAUUUUUGAGUUUUAUGAUUAGAAAACGACGAAUACUUAUUUUGCAAAUCUAAUAAGAACUAUUUUUAGAAAGUAAGGUGUAAAUAAAUUAGAUAUUUACUGUUUCUAAAUAUACUAUUUCUAGAUAAUCAAUUCCAAUAUUCAUUACUAAAUAAAAAUUUUUUAAUCCUAAGAACAAAUUAGUUUAUAAAAAUUAACAAUAUUUUUUAAAAUUAUUGUCAAAUGUAAGCGUAAGAAAUUCGUCAAAGACAAUUGUGAACUUGUAGAAAUUUUUUUACGUCCAUAUCUUCUUUCUAAUAAAUUUUUUCUAAAAUCUAAUUAAAUUCUUCGAAAACAUAUAACGUAUUACUUAUUUACUCCUUAUUAUCUCAAUAUUUAAUGCCAAUUGAAUGCGUACAUCAUAAAAUUAACAUCGAUACCUUAUAAUUAUUCACGAAAAUGAACAGAAAAUGAUAGUUGAUAUUUUUUGAGUAAAAGAUAUUAGUUUAAAUUAAUUUUGAAUUGGAGACUUCAAAUAAAUUUUU